AUGGCGUCUGCUGAUUCCGGUAAAAAACCACAGGAGAAAGAACAGAAUGUUCCUUCAACAACGACUGAAGAAGAUUUUUCUAAAGGUAGCUAUGGUAUCAUGCCAUUGAUUCAAUCAAAGGAAAAAAUUGAUCGGGAAUUAGUAUCUGUACGAGAUAUCAAUGAAAAAUUAGCCAAACAAACAAUAUGGGUUCGAGGCCGUAUUCAUACAAGUCGGGGUAAAGGCAAACAAUGUUUUCUUGUUAUUCGUCAUCAAUCUGCAACGAUUCAAGCUGUAAUUUGUGUGAAUGAAAACGUUAGUAAACCAAUGGUUAAAUUUGUUACAACCAUUUCAAAGGAAAGUGUUGUUGAUAUUGAAGGUGAAGUCUCGCUAACACCAUCACCCAUUGAAUCAUGCACACAAAAGGAUGUUGAAUUACAAGUUAAAAAAGUAUUUGUUGUCAGCUCAGCUGAACCUCGUUUACCAUUAUUAAUUGAAGAUGCUAUGCGACCAGAUGACCCAGCCAAUGAUGGAAUUCAAGCACCUCAUGCCAAUCAAGAAACUCGACUUGAUAAUCGUGUUAUUGAUUUACGUACACCAGCUAAUCAAGCCAUUUAUCGAGUAGAGGCAGGUGUUUGCAAAUUAUUCCGAGACACACUCGAUGCUAAAGGUUUUGUUGAAAUUCAUACACCAAAAAUUAUUUCGGCUGCAUCCGAAGGUGGUGCCAAUGUAUUUCAAGUAUCUUAUUUUAAAUCAAAUGCGUACUUAGCACAAUCACCACAAUUUUAUAAACAAAUGGCCAUUGCUGCUGAUUUCGGAAAAGUUUAUACUAUUGGAGCAGUUUUUCGCGCUGAAGAUUCGAAUACACAUCGGCAUUUAACUGAAUUCGUUGGUCUCGAUCUUGAGAUGGCAUUUAAUUAUCAUUAUCAUGAAGUUGUUGAUACGAUUGGUGAUUUAUUCACACAGAUUUUUAAAGGUCUUGCUGAACGAUUCACGACAGAGAUUGCUAUUAUCAGCAAACAAUUUCCUUGUGAACCUUUUGAAUAUGUUGAACCUGCAUUACGUCUUGAAUACAAAGAUGGUUUAGCAUUACUUGCUGAGGCUGGUGUUCAAAUGGGCUCUGAAGAUGAUUUAACAACAGAAAAUGAACGUAUUUUAGGUCGCAUCGUUAAGGCUAAAUAUCAUACAGACUUUUAUAUUCUUGAUAAAUAUCCAUUAGCUGUACGGCCAUUUUAUACAAUGCCUGAUCCGAAUAAUCCUAAAUAUUCAAACAGCUAUGAUAUGUUCAUUCGCGGAGAAGAGAUUCUCUCAGGCGCUCAACGUAUUCAUGAUGCACAAUUAUUACUCCAGCGUGUUGAACAUCAUAAAGUCGAUACCAAACAAAUCAAGUCUUAUAUUGAUGCAUUUCGUUAUGGUUGUCCACCACACGCCGGCGGUGGUAUUGGUUUAGAACGUGUCCUUAUGCUUUAUUUAGGUUUGGGCAAUGUGCGAAAAACAUCGAUGUUUCCACGCGACCCAAAACGUGUUACGCCUUAA